GUCAGCUCAGCUGUCGUAUAAAGUCAUUUCCCGUUUUCUUUCUUAUCUCUUGUUUUUAUAGUUGCUCUCAGGCCGUAAUUAAGCAUAAGUCAGCAAUGUUACAACGAUAAGCGAACCCAGUGUUAUUAUCGUGUAGUCAGUGUUUUGUGUCGGGAAUAUCCCUACAGACCGCUCUCGGUGCAAACAUGGUUACCUGUUCCAAUACUUUCGUGUUGGUUUUAUUUUCUGUAUUAAUCAGUGUAUGUGUGCCGCGUUCUAUAGAAGAAGAUGAUGAAUCAUUUCUAAGUGUACCGAAAUAUACAAAGUAUGCAGAUUUAGUAAAAUUGUUUGCGGACUUAGAAAAAGCGCACCCGGAUCUCGUUAAAGUUUAUUCUAUUGGGAAGUCGGUAGAAGGUCGUGAAUUGUUGGUUAUCCAGAUAUCUGAGGAUGUGAAGAAGGCUCACGCUGGCCGGCCAGCGUUCAAGUAUGUGGCGAACAUGCACGGAGACGAGGCAGUAGGCCGGGAGCUGAUGGUGUUUCUGGCGAAGUACCUGGUCCUGAACUACGGCAAGAGUGACAGGGUCACGAAGCUGGUGAACAACACGGAGAUCCAUUUGAUGCCGUCGCUCAACCCUGAUGGAUUUGAGAGCAGUGUUGAAGGCAGCUGCGACUCCAUCGGUAACGGCCUGGGCCGACACAACGCCCACGGCAUCGACCUCAACCGCGACUUCCCCGACCAGUUCGACCGCCACCGCUCCGAGGAUGAAGCUUACCUGUUCCGGAACCGGCAGCCUGAGACAGUGGCGCUCAUGAAAUGGGUCAUGGGGAAGCAGUUUGUGCUGUCCGGGAAUCUUCAUGGAGGGACGGUGGUCGCUAGUUAUCCUUAUGACGACUUGAAGUCAGGUAAAGACUGUUGUGAGGAAAGCCAGUCGCCAGAUGACGAGCUCUUCAAGCACCUUGCUUUGGUAUACGCAUCCAAGAACGAGGUGAUGCACCGGGGCGACACGUGCCCGCCGGAGAAAUUCAAGGACGGCAUCACUAAUGGUGCCGAUUGGUACUCUGUUAAAGGUGGCAUGCAAGAUUUCAACUACCUCCACUCCAACUGUUACGAAGUGACCUUUGAGCUGUCAUGCUGCAAAUACCCUGCUGCUGCUGAGCUGCCUCGCUUCUGGAGGCUUAACAAGGAUGCCAUGCUGUCAUUCAUUGAGCAGACACACACAGGCGUCAAGGGUUUUGUGGUGGAUGAAGAUGGAGAGCCUAUUAAGAACGCAUUCAUAAAAGUGGAAGGCCUUCAACAUUUCGUGAAGACAACAGAACAUGGAGAGUUCUGGAGAUUGUUGCUGCCGGGGCAGUACAACAUCACCGCUUUGUCUCAAGGCUUCGAAUCCCCGGCCCCGACCACGGUAACGGUCCCGGCUGACCGUACCGAGGCCGUGCCGCUGAAGCUGGUGGUCCGCCGCCGCGCCGUCGAGAGAGUAAAGUUAGAAAACAUAGAAGUCCCUGAAGUAGUCACCACUGAAGAGAAACCGGAGCAAAAGCAACACCGCCGUGACGUGCCCAAUCUCCCUGCAGCGGAUUUCACCCACCACGACUACCUGAAGAUGGAGAGCUUCCUCAGGAACCUGGCAGCUUUGUAUCCGAAGAUUACGAAGCUGCGCAGCAUUGGGAAGAGUGUGGAAGGACGAGAGCUGUAUGUACUGGAGGUGACGAGAGAUCCUGGGAGACAUAUUCCUGGAAAACCGGAAUUCAAAUACGUAGCCAACAUGCACGGGAACGAAGUGAUUGGUCGCGAGUUGCUUCUCCUACUGGCCAAAUAUCUGUGCCAAGAAUACACUAACAACAACGAGCGUAUACAGAAGAUGCUGAACAACACCAGGAUACAUCUCAUGCCGAGUAUGAACCCGGACGGAUAUGAGAAGAGCACCGUAGGUGACUACAAAAGCACGCACGGCCGUGAGAAUGCACACAAUGUCGAUCUCAAUAGGAACUUCCCCGAUCAGUUUGGUGAAACCCCGGACAACCAAGUAGCCGAGCCAGAGACCAAGGCAGUAAUGGACUGGUCUCUCUCCAUUCCUUUCGUAUUGUCAGCCAACCUGCACGGUGGUUCCCUGGUCGCCAACUACCCUUACGACGGCAACCCAGCCAUGCACAGUGGGGACGAAUAUCUGGCACCUGAUCAUAAUGUGUUUCUGCAUCUUGCCCAUACAUAUUCUGACACCCAUAUGAAAAUGCACUUGGGACAACCCUGCAAGAGCUACCCUGAGCGGUUCCCUGAGGGCAUUACCAAUGGUGCUAAAUGGUACGUGCUGGCAGGCGGCAUGCAAGACUGGAACUACCUACACACAAACGACAUGGAAAUCACACUGGAGCUCGGCUGUUUCAAGUUCCCCCCCGCUUCCGACUUGCCUACUUACUGGGCGGACAACCGGGAGGCGUUACUGGCCUACAUUGAAGAGGUCCACAAGGGUGUCCACGGCUUCGUUCACAGUCAUAUAGGUGGGAACCUGUCCAACGCGACCGUGUCCGUGUCCGGUGUCCGACACAACGUGCGCACGGCGCGCGACGGCGACUACUGGCGGCUGCUCGUGCCCGGCCGCUAUAAUGUCACUGCCAGCAGGCACGGCUACGAGAGCGUGACAGAAGAGGUGGUCGUACCAGAAUCCGGCUCCGUCAGCCUCAACUUCACCCUCAUGCCCGACGACCCGCAACACUGGUCCUCGGCCUACGACUUCCGCGUGCUAGACAAUAUAAUGCACACGCGGUACCACUCCACCCUCGAGCUGUACGCCGAGCUGGCCGAGCUGGAGAACAAGUUCCCGGGCAUUGCGGAGUUCCGGUCCGGGGACAGCCUGCUCACCGCCUCGCUGCACCAGCUCAAGAUUACCGACAACGUCGGCGCUCCCGAAGAGACCAAGCUCCAUAUGGCUAUAAUCAGCAACCUGUACGCUUCCCACGCGGUCGGACAAGAAAUGCUUCUAAACUUCGCCCGCCACAUAGCAACAGCGUAUUCCCUCGGCGAACCAAGACACAAGAGACUACUUGAAAAUGCAGUAUUGCACUUUAUACCUAACCUGGAUCCGUUGUAUGAAAAGAUUCUGCGCCAAUUUAGCGGGGAACAAUGCCAGUUAUCGCCGCUAGAAGAAGAGUUCGGCGAUAGUCUGUACCACUACAUCACCAAAACUAAACUCAGUCCACUAACCAACUACACUCGAGAGAAGGCCUUCGUAGAGCUACUCAAGGCUGAGAAAUAUGACAUCGUGUUGGACCUGUCUUCAGGCACGGAAGACGUAGCAUACCCGGACCUGUCUCGCCGUCUCUUCGAGCAGUUCGCCCAAAAAUACCAGAACAACAGGACACCCAUGGACAAAUACGAUUGCCGCAGCACCCCCUCCAACCACGGGAACUUGCUCGAUGUGCUGUGCGAGAGGUACGAUACGCCGGUGGUGUCUCUGGGUCUGAGCUGCUGCAAGAUGCCGAGCGAGGGCGACAUAGCCUACGUUUGGAAGAGCAACUUGCGCGGGAUCAUGAAAUUCGUCGAGCUGGCUAAUACUGGUAUCCAGGGGUACAUAAAGAGUGAGUCCGGCGGCCCGGUGCGUGAUGCCUCCAUCGUCGUGAAAGGUUUCUUUCGUCCGUACCGGGCCAGCCGCAACGCGGCCCACUACCGGGCUUCCCUGCCGCCCGGCCAGUACCAGGCCGUUGUGUCUGCUAAGGGAUACGUGGACCAGGCACUGACUUGGCGGAUUAUCGAAGGGGAAGUGAAACAGAAAGACAUCAUAUUGCGCCGUACCAACACCGAGGUACCGGGAGGUACUUUCGACGACAAGGACCUGUACAAUGACCCCAACAUGGUCUAUAUUUCAGGUUUAGCUCUCGACCACAACAGCGUACCCCUAAACACAGCUACGUUACUAGUAUACCCGCUCGGCUCCAAAAAGCUGGUCGACCCAGUAGCUACUAACACUAGUGACGCUAGUGGACGCUUUGUAGUGUCCUUACCAGUGACGUAUAUGGGCAGAGAGGUGCUUAUGACCGCUGAGAAGGACGGAUAUAUCUCCAGACAGAGACACGUUAUGAUAAACAAGAACGAAAACAUGACCCCCAAAGUGCUUUUCAAGCUGGAAUCCGACGACAAGGUCCUCGGCAUGUCGCGCCUCGUGUUCGUCAUGGUCGCCGGCGUAGUGGGCGUGGCGCUGGUGACCCUGGCCGCCUGGUGCUUCAGCUGCCGCCGCACCCGCGACCCGCGACGCGAGUACAUGUUCACGCAGCUAGCCAGCGACGAGAAGCGACCGUUCACCGACGACGGGAAAUAUGAAAUAGUGUCCAAGCCGUACUACGACGUGGAAGAGUUGCCGCCUUCCGAGACAGACUCUGAAGAGGAGAUCGUGUUGCUCAGGAACGACCGCGACUGGAAACCCGUCGAGAACCUCAUUGAUUAAGGGAUAUACUGUCUUGUUAGCAGGGGUUAAGGUCCAUUUUACAUCGUAUCAUGUUACAUAAG